AUGGAGUCGGUUGGCAUGAGUUAUGUGGUGACAGCAGCGGAGUGCGACCUAGACCUCUCCAGUGAAUACAAAGGACUCAUCACUGCCGCAGCGUUUAUAGGUAUAAUAUCCACAUCAUUCUUGUGGGGUUAUUUGGGAGAUCGGAUGGGCAGACGAGCUGUAAUGCUGCCGGCAAUGGUGGCAUCAGCGCUCUUCUCCAUAGCCUCGUCCUUCGCCAAUAGCGUUUGGGUGCUGAUGGUACUUCGAGUGCUCACUGGAUGUUUAGUUUCGGCGUCCAGUGCCACUGUGUACGCGUAUCUUGGAGAAAUGCACACGAACACCAGACGAGCGUCCGCCAUCGCUUGGGGAUCGGCCUUCAUUUCCUUCUCAUUCAUCACAUUACCAGGCUUUGCAUGGAUGAUAAUUCCUGGUAAAUGGUCUUUCGACUUGUUCGGUCUGACUGUGGUGCCAUGGCGAGCAUUUAUUUGGACCUGGUGUGCUCCUGGACUGGCGGCUGCUGGACUCCUAAUGAUACUACCUGAGAGUCCACGGUACUUGCUCUCUUCGAAGGGUCCUGAUGCUGCAUUACCUGUUCUGGCGAAAAUGUACGCAUGGAAUCAUGGCACGUCAGAUUAUAAUUACCCAGUAAAGAAGAUUGUGUCCGGUAGUAUAGAAUCUGAUAAGAGUUCUAGUUACGCUGGUGCAAUCAAGAAUUUCUCUCUGUUAUUCAAACCGCCUUUGUUGAGAUGUGUGCUUAUUUCUAACAUAUCAAUGUUCGCCGUCUUCAUGAUUUCAAGCGGAUUGUACAUGUGGGUACCAGACAUUUUGAACGAUAUACUGAAGAAUACCAGUGAACAGAGUCUCACUAUAUGCACCAUUAUACAAGAGAAGAUUAUAAAACAAAGAAAUAUGACCUCUUUAGCAGUAGAGAAGCUCUGUAAAUCGGAGGUGUCUGUAGGAGUGUUCCCUAUAUCUAUGGCAAUGGGUGCAGUAUUUGCACUUACUUAUCUUGCUAUUGGAGUGUUUAUCAAUAAAAUUGGAAAGAAGACAUUAUACAGUGGUAUAAUGUUGAUGUGCUCGGGCACCACCGUGGCUGCGGCGUUCGUGCCGCACGGCGCCGCGGCGACGGCGCUGCUGAUCAUGGCGCUGUGCUCCGGGUGCGCCGCCUCCAUACUGGCGGCCAUCGCCGUCGACGUGUUCCCUACAUGUUUGAGAGCGAUGGCGAUGUGCGUGAUGUACAUGGUUGGUAGAACUGGUGCUGCUGUUGGCUCUUACCUGCUCGGGGCUACCCUGAACACUCACUGUUUAGCGGCGUUCAGUGUAUUUGGUGCAGUUACUGCUGGAUCUACACUUCUAAUGAUGUUUUGGCCAAAACCUGAAGAAGUAAGAGAGAAACUGGAGGAAAGAGGACUCACUUAUUAA